AUGGUGACAUCUGCCAAAGGCAUUCAAACGAUGUGCAAUUACGCUGCAAAGCUGAAGAAAUCCACAUUGGCUGACAAAGUUGCUGCAAAAGGGAGGGAGAACGUGGCGUCCCAUGAGAUUUCUACACCUUCAUCUUCGUUACGUCAUGAUAUCGAUGAAGAUCCAGCUCCAAGACGAAUGUCAAUCAAAAGAAGAGCAGCAGCUUCUACGGUAAUGCAGCAACCAGUUGGUGAUGAUAGAUUUCUUGGCCAUUCCGUCUCAGAUUUGAGAUAA